GGUGGAGCUGGAGUCGUGGACUUCUGGGUCCCCAGGGAGGAGGGGACAGGGACCUCGGACUUGUAGGUCUCAGGAAGGAAGAAGUUCGGGUCCGGAUUCCUGGGUCUGAGGGAGGAGGGGGCCGGGAUCAAACGUCCAGGCUUCUGGCUUUCCUGGCAGCUCCCCCCGCUGUCCAGGGCCGGUCUUACCAGGAUCCAGCCCCUAUUUAAGGGUCGACCCCACGACCUCACCGGACUUUGGAGGGGGAUAGAAUCCCGGAGUGAGUGACAGAGGGAGAGACUGUCUCACGCGGAAUGGCAGCGGGAACGCGCUAUGCUGGGAAGGUGGUCGUCGUGACCGGGGGCGGGCGGGGCAUCGGAGCCGGGAUCGUUCGAGCCUUCGUGGAAAGCGGUGCCCAGGUGGUUAUCUGUGACAAAGAUGAGUCAGGGGGCCGGGCGCUGGAGCGGGAGCUUCCUGGCACUGCCUUUCUGCUCUGUGAUGUGACCCGGGAGGAAGAUGUGAGGACCCUCAUUUCUGAGACCGUCCACCGUUUCGGCCACCUGGAUUGCGUGGUCAACAAUGCUGGCUACCAUCCACCUCCGCAGUGGCCCGAAGAGACCUCUGCCCAGGAUUUCCGGCAGCUGCUGGAGCUGAACCUGCUGGGGCUGUACACCGUGACCAAGCUCGCCCUCCCUCACCUGCGCAAGAGCCGGGGAAAUGUCAUCAACAUCUCCAGCCUGGUUGGGAUGAUUGGCCAGACUCAGGCGGUUCCCUAUGUGGCCACCAAGGGGGCAGUAACAGCCAUGACCAAAGCCUUGGCCUUGGAUGAGAGUCAAUAUGGUGUCCGUGUCAACUGCAUCUCCCCAGGAAACAUCUGGACCCCUCUGUGGGAAGAGCUGGCAGCCGCGACUCCUGACCCCACAGCCACAAUCCAAGAAGGCACACUGGCCCAGCCCCUGGGCCGCAUGGGCCAGCCAGCUGAGGUGGGAGCUGCUGCUGUGUUCCUGGCCUCUGAAGCCAGCUUCUGCACAGGGAUUGAGCUGCUAGUGACCGGGGGUGCGGAGCUGGGGUUUGGGUGCAAGGCAGGUCGGGGCGCCCCCUUGGAAGCUCCCACCAUCCCUUCCUGAUCUCCCACAUGUCCACUUGGGCCUCCCUGACUAGGGCUCUCCCACCCAAAACUCAGUCUCCCAAAUUCUAGUUUCCACCAUCUGCCUCUCAGGUGCUGCGCGGCCCCUGCCCCUCUAGACAUCAAGCCCACUUACCAAUGUGCUAAACCACCCCCACAGGUUCCCAUAAAAGCACUUUGCAGCCAA